AUGGUGGCACUACAGGUCUUUACGUUUGCCGCGGUGCUUGAGGUGCUGCUUGUGGCCAGGGGAGCCCUAUCCAGCUAUCUUCCAGACAUCAUCCGAAAGAUGUCGCUUUCAUCCAUUAUAAUCCUCAUCUUUGCCGUGAACUAUACGACCUGGCUGAUAUACCGUCUGAUGAUAUACCCAGUCUUCGUCGACCCAUUGCGCAGCUUUCCAGGUCCUUCGAGCGUGAAUGGUUUGAAGUUGCUCUGGUUCCGACUUACGACUACAGUCAUACCGGCUGAAAGAUAUGUGACCAUAGCGAAGAGGUUUUCCAACGACAGCGUUAUAGCCCUGCGAGGUCUAGGAAAAACGCAGCUUCUUCUAACCAAGCCUGAUUCCAUAGCUGAGGUGCUUACCGAUCACCCUUACGAUUUCAUCAAGCCCCCAGUCGUCCGCAAAUUUCUUGGUCUCAUUCUGGGGGAGAAUGGACAAUUCUUCGCCGAAGGUGAACGACACAAGUUCAUUCGCAAGAAUACACGACCGGCUUUUAGCUCACGGGCUCUCCAGGACCUCUACCCCAUGAUGUGGACUAAGGCACUAACCCUCACCCGCUUAUUGAGAGAUGAAGUUCAACAACAGUCAACAGCCGCCGAUUCGAUGGGCACAGUAGACAUUUGUCCUUGGGCAACCAGGGCGUCUCUAGACGUCAUCGGCAUUGCUGGUCUCGGUCGUGAAUUCAAUAUGCUCAAGAACUCAGAUGAUAAGCUCUUCAAGGCUUAUGAAUAUAUCUCUGAGCCAUCGUUAGAAAAGAUAGUGUACGCCUUCCUGUGCUCAAGCUUUUCCUACCAAAUGGUUCAACGCUUGCCUUUCUGGAGUCUCAAUGUGACCUUCAGGGAGAAUAUCGAGUCGAUUAGACGCAUUGCAGAGGAUCUGGUCCGGGAGAAACGCGAAGCUAUCGUUGGGAAAGGGGACGACAAUUUCGACAUUCUCUCUUUACUCAUUCGGUCAGAUAAUUUCUCUGACUCGGAACUCGUGGACCAACUGCUCACGUACUUGGUUGCUGGUCACGAAACCACGUCUUUGGCAUUUACUUGGGCAUGCUACCUCCUGGCCACCCAUCCCAAUUGGCAGACAGCCCUACGUGAAGAGGUUCGCCAGGCACUCUCCUCUCAUUUGAACAGUUCCUCCUCUGUGUCGAUCCAACACAAGGAUCUUGGCUCCAUCCUCGAAAGCCUCCCCAUCCUCCAUGGUGUUGUAGAGGAAGCAUUACGACUCUACCCGGCCGCACCGAUACUACUGCGCGUCGCUGCCGUUGAUACGCAUCUCUGCAGUCGUCCAAUCCCCAAGGGCACAUGGAUCUUGAUACCGCCGUGGCUGAUCAAUCGGUCCCCAGAAUUCUGGGGAGCCGAUGCCAGCGACUUUCGGCCAGAUCGCUGGAUCAGUCCUGGUGGGAAGCGACCAAUAUCAAACGCUGGAACCGCCGCUGGGAAUUCCGGCAGUCUGACUUUUCUGCGCGGGCCCCGGGGCUGCAUCGGCCAAAAUUUCUCCAGGGCAGAGUUGCGUUGUCUGAUUGCUGCCAUGGUUGGCCAGUUCGAGUGGACGCUCGCCAUGCCUGAGGAUCGGGUCGUGCCUUCGGGUGCAGUCACAAUUAAGCCGGCUAAUGGUUUAUAUGUCCAAUUGAAAUCGAUUGGGCCCGAGUGA